AUGAUCACGCUCACGGCGUUUGGCGUUGACAUCUACGCGCUCCGCGACAACAUGCAUCCGAUUGGCAAAUCUUUUUGCUUUUUGCUCGGCGAAGUCUCGCCCAGCGAGCUUCCGACGGCGACCAACCGCCGGUACCACCGAGAAGCGGCAAUUGUCCACAAUACGCUCAACAAAAUCAUCACAGAGCGCGGUGCAAAUCCCGGUGGCGCGCACCCGGACCUCCUCCAGGCGUUGCUGGAUGCCUCUGCGUCCGAGACGGACCCGAUCGCACCCGAGAUGCUCAUUGACAACGUGGUCAUGUUCUUCUUCGGCGGCUACGACACGACGAGCACGGGCAUGGGUUACACGCUGUGCCUUCUCGCCGCGUACCCCGACGUCCAAGCCAAGGCGGUCGCCGAGAUCGACGCGGUCGUCGGACGAGAUGGCAAGAUCAAGUACGAGGUGCUGCAGAACCUGCCGUACCUCAACGCCGUGCUCACCGAGUCGUUGCGCCUCUUUCCACCGCUCCCCGCGACGAUGCGUAACCUCGAGACCGAUCUCGAUAUCGGUGGCUACACGGUCGCAGCCGAGACGACGGUGUUUCUCUCGAUAUGGUGCAUCAAUUGGUCGCGGCUCAACUGGGGCAACGACGUCCUCGAGUUCAAGCCCGAGUGCCACCUGACGACGGACGCCAACGACGAGCAAAUGAGUGCAAAGGACCGGGCGUAUCGCUUCAUGACCUUUUCGGGCGGCCCGCGCAACUGCGUUGGCAUGCGCUUUGCCACGCUCGAGUCGACGUGCAUGCUCGUAUCGAUCCUCCAGCAGUGCGUUCUGACGCGCCCCAAGGACGCACCGCCGAUCCAGCCCAAGCUCGUUGGCAUCGUGCAAAAGCCAGAGCUCGGUGUCUGGCUGCACGUUGCACCUCGCCCCACGCCGCGUUAUGCCUAA